ACAUGCUGUGGGAGAGGUAAAGAGUCCUGCUCUGCUAGUUUCAAGUUCUUCGAAACUUGUACAAUCAGACACGGGCUGGGAUAGCUCCGAGCUGCCCUUGGAUUUGGAGAAACCCCUGAGCGUUAUCACAGCUGCCGGAGGCUGGAUCUCUAACCGGCAGCACGUGCAAAGGAAGCUGAAUGGGGCUUGUAAACUUUUAAAGGUUCCCCCGUCGUCCCCCGCCCCUCAUCUGCCCAUCCUGUUUCCCUGCACCCUUUUAAAAUAAACAAUCACAAUAGAUCUUCAGGUGGAGUUGGAACGGCACUGCUAAAUUAUGGAAGAUUUUUUGGCUGGCUGGGUCGGGGGUGCUUCAAGUGUUGUUGUGGGUCAUCCUCUGGACACAGUUAAGACUCGCUUACAAGCAGGAACGGGAUAUGGAAACACACUGAAAUGUAUCCUCACUGUGUAUAAAAAGGAAAGUGUGGCUGGCUUCUUUAAGGGAAUGUCUUUUCCAUUGGCAAGCAUCGCUGUCUACAACUCUGUGGUGUUCGGUGUCUUUAGCAAUACCCAGAAGUUCCUUACCCAGUACCGCUCUGGAGAGUCUCAACCUUCACGGUCUUUGUCAGAUCUAAUUCUGGCUAGCAUGCUAUCAGGUGUGGUUUCAGUCGGACUUGGAGGUCCUGUGGACCUGAUUAAGAUACGGCUACAGAUGCAAACACAGCCGUUUCUUAAAGCAAACCUCCAUUUGAAGCCCAAAGCAAAGGACCUUUGGAACCAACCUAAGUACAAGGGGCCUGUUCACUGCGUGACAUCAAUUGUCCAGAAGGAUGGCUUAAUGGGACUCUACCGGGGGGCCAAUGCCAUGCUGCUCAGGGAUGUCCCAGGCUAUUGCCUCUACUUCAUCCCUUAUGUGUUUAUCUGCGAAUGGAUCACUCCUGAUAACUACACAGAUGCCAAUCCCUAUACAGUAUGGUUGGCAGGGGGCAUUGCAGGAGCAAUUUCAUGGGGAACGGCGACUCCCAUGGAUGUGGUAAAAAGUCGACUCCAAGCAGAUGGGGUCUAUUACAAUAAAUACAAAGGUGUCAUGGAUUGUAUCUCCCAGAGCUACCAGAAGGAAGGACUUAAAGUGUUUUUCAGGGGAAUCACAGUGAAUGCCAUCCGGGGGUUCCCAAUGAGUGCCACCAUGUUUCUUGCAUAUGAACUUUCACUCAAGGCAUUGAGGAGAGACCAAACAGUGACGGUGACAAAUCCCUGAGCUCCAGGUCAACUUCCUUCUUCUCCAUUCCCUCAUUUGAGUGAUGUCAUUAAAGCAAGACUCCUUACUCUCCUGAGCCAAAUUGCAGGCUGUCCUCUGAAAUUGGAGACUGGAGAACUGUUUCAUGGAACAGACACUUCCUCCACUGAAGACUAGCUCCUACCUGACUUGUAUCUUUGCACCAUUUAUGCCUUCAGAGAAUUAUUCAGCAAACCAGCCCUUUCGUGAUUCUUCGCUCACAAAACUUAAGCACCUCAAUCAUUAUUCCCCUGGCUGGAGUCAGGGAAUACAACACAUAGUCAAUGGGACAUGUCUCCUUCCCUCUGAAGUGAAGUAUUAUUGACAUUCAUUUACUCUGCCAUCUGAUCUGGCCCCUGGAUUAAAUAUAGAGUCAUUCUUGACAACGUAUGGUGGACCUGGUUCACUAUAUAUAACCUUC